AUGUUUUUCAGGUAUUUGCGGGAGCCGACACCGACGGACCUGAUGCCCAGUCGAGAUGGCUUUAAGUACUUGGAGUACGGAAUGACGGCUUUGGGCUGGGUGCCGCAGGCGAUCGAUAAGAAAUAUCAGUGUGUCUACAAGAUGUGGACGAUAUUUGUGAUAGGAUUGGCUGGCUAUUUGCCCAUCGGCCUGUGCAUCACCUAUGUGAAGGAGUUUAGCACCUUCACGCCCGGAGAGCUGUUCACCUCCUUGCAGGCGGGCAUCAAUGCGCCUGGUGCCUUCACCCGUGGCAUCAUAUCCUUUUUGAACGUCUGGCGUCUCAUGGAGCUGAAGAAGCUCUUGGAUGAGAUUGAUAAGCGUUGCGUAACGGACGAGGAGCGCAUUAUCGUGCAUCGCGCAGUCAUACGCGGCAAUAAGAUUUAUCUCUUAUAUCAGUUCACGUACACGAUCUUUGUGACCCUAACGUACUUAACAUCUGUGUGCAGAGGAUUAACCCCAUGGCGUUUGUAUAACUACUUUAUCGAUUGGCGGGAUGGGCCCUGGAGUCUGCUGAUCGCCUCCUUUAUUGAGUAUCUUUUUAUGUCGUCCGGCGUUUACUUUAAUCAAUUGACCGACGUUUAUCCGCUGAUCUUUGGCUUUGCGCUGCGCUCGCACCUGCAACUACUUUGCACACGGAUCGAAAAUCUGCGCACUGAUCCCGCGAUGUCUGAGGAGCAGAACUAUUUUGCGCUGAGGGGCUGCAUCGAGGAUCACAAGCUAAUACUGAAAAUUUGCGAUCUUAUGCGACCCUGCAUAUCGCAAACGACAUUUGUGCAGUUCCUUUUCGUUGGUCUGCUCUUCGGUCUGACCAUGAUCAAUUUGAUGUUCUUCGUGGAUCUGUGGACGGGCAUUGCAUCGAUUGCCUACAUCAUAGCGCUCUUUUUCCAGACAUUUCCCUUUUGUUUCACCUGCAAUCUGAUCGAAAGCGACUGCGAGAAACUGGCCUUAGCAUUGUUUCAAUCAAAGUGGUCUGAUGCGACGCGGCCAUACAAGUCAGCCUUGAUCUACUUUCUGCAAAAUGUACAGCAAUCGAUACGUUUUACAGCUGGCUCCAUUUUCCCCAUCAGCCUGGACACCAAUAUUAAAGUGGCCAAAUUGGCAUUCUCUGUCGUGACAUUCGUCAAGCAAAUGAACAUUGCAGAAAAAUUGAAGGCGGCAUAA